AUGGCUUCUACGAGAUGUUUACUAGGAAUAUAUAAUUUAAAAACUUUAAAUUCGACAAAUUUAAAAUCGCUUAGUUCCAUUCUUAAACAUUCUUAUUCAAAGUGUUACCAUUGUAAAAUAAUUUUAUCAAAAUCCCUUAUUUCAUCUAAUCACGUUCAAAAUUUUCCUGCGUUUCCACAAAAUCAAGUCAAAAAAUUUCAUACUGCCUUCACCUUACACAAAAAGAGAGAUUUUUAUGAAGUAUUAGGCAUACCUAAAAAUGCUUCUUCUAAAGAUAUAAAAAAAGCAUAUUAUGAAUUGGCUAAAAAAUAUCAUCCUGACACGAAUAAAAAUGAUCCAAAUGCAGCACUUAAAUUUCAAGAAGUUUCCGAAGCUUAUGAGUGUUUGAGUGAUAAUGCCAAAAGAAAACAAUAUGAUCAGUGGGGUACAACAUCAGAUCAAAUGGGUGGAAUGGGUGGUGGAGGAGGAGGAGGAGGAGGAAGCAGCUCCAGAGCUGGAUUUAGUGGUAACGAAUGGCAGUUUAGGUCGAGUAUUGAUCCGGAAGAAUUAUUUAGGAAAAUAUUUGGCGAUGCCGGAAUGAAAGGAGGAUUCGGAGAUUUUGAAGAUUUUAGUGAUGGUUAUGGUUUUGGUGCUGCUCAAGAAGUUACUUUAAAAUUAACAUUAUCUCAAGCUGCUCGAGGUGUAAAUAAAGAAAUAGUUGUUAAUGUAGUUGACACGUGUCCCUACUGUCAUGGCACACGUUGUAGUCCAGGCACUAAAGCUGUUAAAUGCAGUUAUUGUAAUGGAACCGGUAUGGAAACAAUCAGUACAGGACCUUUUGUCAUGAGGUCAACAUGUCGAUAUUGCCAAGGUACACGAAUGUACAUAAGAUAUCCUUGUCUCGAAUGUCAAGGAAAGGGAAAUACCGUUCAAAAGAAAAAAGUAACAGUUCCAGUUCCUGCAGGUGUCGAAGAUGGACAAACGGUUAGAAUGACAUUAGGGAAAAGAGAAGUUUUUAUAACGUUUAGAAUUGAAAAAUCUAGUUAUUUUAGAAGGGACGGUUGUGACAUACAUACGGAUGCGACGAUAUCAUUAUCUCAAGCCGUUCUGGGAGGAACGAUACGCGUUCAGGGAAUAUACGAAGAUCAAACGAUACAGAUAUCGCCCGGUACGAGUUCGCAUACGAGAAUAAAAUUGUCGGGAAAAGGAAUGAAAAAGGUUAGCACGAUGGGUUACGGUGAUCAUUACGUUCACGUUAAAAUUUCAAUACCGACCAAGUUAAAUGAAAAACAAAAAGCUUUAAUGCAAGCAUAUGCUGAAUUAGAAGAUGACACCCCCGGGGUCAUACACGGUGUCACGUUUAAAAAAGACGGUGAGUAG